ACUUUCUUCUUUCUGUUGUAACAAUAUGUCGUUUGAUAAAGAUAAAGAAAAUGGUGCAAUAAAUAGUACUAGUUUAUAUAAUCAUGCUUUGCAUCCCAUGUACAGUUCUAAUAAUUCGCCUUAUAAUACGUCACCAGCAUCUUCUCCAUCUGUAGGCAAUUACAUUAUGCCAUUGUAUAAUAAUACUACUACUACUGCUUCAGCUAAUAACGGAUCAUUUGGAAGUCGUUAUUCUCUUAAUUUACAACAGCAACAACAACAACAACAACAACAACAACAACAACAACAACAGCAGCAGCAACAGCAACAGCAACAGCAACAGCAGAAUCCAAACUUGAUGGGUACACACACACCUACUGACGUGUCGGUUUCUCCUAACGCUACACCCCAUUUAGCUCGUCAACUCACGUACGCUCAAAUUUCUCGACAGUCCUCCUCUCCUCACCACCACGCGCGUGCAGCAGCAGCCAUGGCACGCAAUACACCUGUUGCCUCCACUGUGACUAUCACAGACCCCAAUGAUCCCAAUAAGUCAUUCAAUAACCAAAGUCGCGGUGGCUAUCGAAAAAAGGAGGAAUCAGAACAUGUAUGGACUUCUCUUGAUAUGGGUGGUAUGGGACUCAAGAACAUUGCACCUACUAUCUGUAGCUACCAUUUCUUGACGGCACUCUAUAUCAACCAUAACAAUCUGACCUACUUGAUGCCUUCUUUGUCUCAACUCACCAACCUUAAAAUUCUCGAUGUCUCUGGUAACAAACUCAGUAUGUUGCCUCCUGAACUAGGUCUCCUUUGUAACCUAAGAGAAUUGCUUUUGUUUGAUAAUCAUUUGGUCUCUUUGCCUACAGAGCUUGGUAACUUGUACCAGUUGGAGACACUCGGAUUAGAAGGAAAUCCACUUCAGGCAGAUCUCAAGAAUAUCUUGAUCAAAGAUGGUACACAGGCAUUGAUCAUGUCUCUUCGCGAAAAUGCACCAGUGGGUAUGCCACCUCCUCACCGAGAAUGGUUAUUGGUAGAAGGCGAUACUAUGGAAGAUCCAGACAAGUUCACUGUGUUGUGCUACAACACACUUUGUCAGAAAUAUGCAACACCUCAAGCGUAUGGUUACACGCCAUCAUGGGCAUUAAACUGGGAUUAUCGAAAAGAAUUACUUGUAGCAGAAGUUUUGGGUUAUAAUGCAGAUAUCAUCUGUCUUCAGGAAAUGGAAAUGGGUUCUUAUGAGGAUUACUUUAAAGAUCAUUUCAAAAAGAUGGGUGAUUAUGAAAGUGUCUUUAUUGCAAAGACUCGCGCAAAGACCAUGUCAGAAAAAGAACGCCGUGUUGUUGAUGGUUGUGCUACUUUUUAUAAAUCGACUAGGUUCCAAUUGAUAGAUCAUGAAUUGGUUGAAUACAAUCAAAAAGCACUACAACGACCUGAUUUUAAGCAAACAGUUGAUAUUUAUAACCGUGUGAUGAACAAGGACAAUGUAGCUACAUUGACUGUCUUUCAAGACAAGAACACACUUCAACGUAUCCUUGUGGCCAACACACACAUUCAUUGGGAUCCUUCUGAUGCUGAUGUCAAACUAGUCCAGGUCGGUGUCUUGAUGGACGAAAUGCAAAAACUCGGUUCCAAACAUUUAUCUCCCGUCAAAGGCACUGGACCUACCUAUGCCUCUGUUGCCCAGUUACCCACCUUAAUCUGUGGUGAUUUCAACUCGGUUCCUGAAUCAGGCGUAUAUGAGUUCUUUAGUAAAGGCAAUAUCCAACAGGAUCAUGAUGAUUUUGGUGAUCAUUCGUAUGGCACAUAUACCACUGAAGGAUUAUCACAUCCUCUUUCACUCAAGAGUUCAUACAGCCAUAUAGGUGAAUUGCCCUUUACAAACUAUACGCCUGGAUUUAAAGGUGUUUUAGAUUAUGCUUGGUAUACAAUGAACACAUUAGAUAUCAUUUCUCUUUUAGGCCCUAUUGAUAGUGAUUAUCUAUCCAAAGUGGUUGGGUUUCCUAAUGCACACUUUCCCUCAGAUCAUAUUGCUAUCAUGGCAGAAAUGAAAUACAAGGCUCAAAACAAUCGAAAGGAGCCAGUCAAGGCUGAUUUCAAUUCUACAAAAAAUAACAAUAGAACAAAAUAAAACUGAUAUUUAAACGGAGAACAUAUGCC